AUGGGAAAAUUAUCCGAAUAUGAUGCUCAGAAUGUUCUCUCUCUACACUGCCCACUUUGUGACUUUCAAAGCCAUUGGACAAACAGGAUAGAGUCGCACUUUACUAAGGCUCAUCCGGGUAAAACAGCGUCUUUUAGCCUCUUCCAGUGCUUACUGUGUGGAAAGAUUUCCUCCUCAAAAGCAUUCGUAUUGGAGCAUUUGGAACUUCGACACAAAGCUGAAAUUGAAGAAAGUGACAAGCCUACGAGUCCUUCUUCCGAUAGUGAUGCGAUUAUCCCUAAAGAGAAGGGAGAUGUUACUCAAAAGCGACCGGAUUCUGCCCCUGGUGUCGGAUCAAAUCCCCCUACUCCUGAAUUAGUAAUCCAAAUUUUCGCCUGCGAACUUCGCGGUAGAAAAGCCGAAGAGAAACUCGACGAGUGUGAAACCAAGUGUGUUUUCUGUAAAUUCAGCACAGCCGAUAAGAAUCUCCUAUCGGAACACUAUGAACAUCAUGGAAUAAAAAAUUUUGACUGUUCCAAAAUCUCAUCGAGGAAAGGAGAAGAAGAAAGAUCAAAUUCUAACAAUUUUAUGAAGAUAAAAGAUGAGGAAUCCUCUAAAGAAAAGACCUCGGACCUUUUAACAACCUCGAAAGAGGCCCCAUCUAAAGAACCAACUUUCCUUUUGAAUGAGGGAGAAGUGGAGGCAACAAUGAAACAGACGACAGGCGUUAAAAAUUUAACCCCUUCGCUCAUGGAAGCACCCCCCAAUUUGGAUAUUGAAAAAGAUGGGAAUUAUCGGUCCAAAUUUCCAAAUCCCCCUGAUAUUUUUAACAUUGCUCAAGCAACUGAAAAUCGCAACAGCCUUGCCAAUACUAACAAUCAGUUGUUAUCUCAGGAAAUGCUAACUUCUAUAAUGUUAUCAAGUGCAUAUUGGCCAUUAGGAAUGCCGAAACUGGACACUUUUGCAGCUUUGAGACGAAUUUUUGAGCCAAAUAAGGAAACAGAAGUAGUGACACCUCAAGAACCACAACAGGGACGAAAUCCUCCAACCGCUUCUGGAUUUUCAGCCUCCCAGUUGGCAGCCCCAAAGAGUUUUGAGCAUCAAGAUCAUGUCCACCCAGUUGUUCCUCCCGUUUCUUCCCAAAAUUCCUUGCAACCCACAAGCUUUUGGGGUCACCCAUCACUGUUUACCAAUACGGAUGUGAGUAAUUUUACUCGUAGAAACGUUUCCCCACCAACCAACAUUCCAAUCCCACCGCCCACUGAUCCCUCCCCAGGGGGACCGCAGCUAAAUCCCGGAAAUCCCAUUGAUUUCUUCCGAGUUCUCUACCAUCAACAACAAAGCGCUCAACAACAGCAUGAAAUUGGAGAGGCUAUGGCAAAACGAUUCUCUUUGGAGCGUUUAAAUCUCUCAGGAGCAUCGGAUCCUGCAGCUGCAACAACAAAUCAGAAUGUAGCCAUGAUGGCUGCAGCCGCAUUUUCAGCAGCACUCUCAGGAUUCCCUCAACCUAACCCGGUAAUAACAAGCCAUUUCUCGGGUUUGAAUUCCUCAUCAUCAGCAUUUGUAAUUCCCGAGUGCCAAACUACAAAUGGUGAAAGUGAAGGGCCUAUAGGACUCAAUCUCUUUACUUCAUCAGCAGGGGAGAAGACUGAGCCCCAACAUAGUUCACCGACUGAGGAGGAGAGGGAUCCAGAUAUAUAUAGAAAUAAGAGACGAAAAAUGAAUCGCAAGCGGGAUGAAUGCGUGGAUAAAAAUGCCGCUUUUCAACUCUUUCACCAGCACCAGCAAGCUCUCCAACAACAACACGCUUUACAGCAAAAUCAGCGCCAAUCAGCUCUGAAUCUUCAUGUGAAUUCCAUGGAACCAGGUUCGUCUACAAGGUUUACUGAGGAAGUUAUGGAUCGAUCACCACCUCAUGACUCAAGACGAAUGGAUUCGCAGUCGAAUUUUCAUCGUGGUUCGUAUGCCCGAGCCUCCAAACCAAAUAGUCCGGAGCUUGUAAAUACGGGAAAUCAACUAACUCCCAGCAGAACUGAAAUAAUCCCUCCAACAAUGCUAAAUUUAUCUUCCAGUGAUCAACAUCAAGAGAGCUUUGAUGGCAAUUCUGAACGCGGAGCGCAAAAUUCAAACGCUCAGGUACCGGGAAUAUUCAACAUUCGCCGAGCUGUUGGACUUUCACGCACAAAUCUCCCCUUCCCUGCAAGGAAGACUCUGUUCAAGUGGUUAAAUGAACAUCUUAGAGAACCCUAUCCUUCAGAAGAGGAGAAACUUGAGCUGGCUAGACAGACAGGGCUCAGCCGUACUACUGUGAAUAAUUGGUUCAUCAACGCACGCAGGCGCUAUGUGAAACCCCUUAUGCAAGGAAGACUAGUUCUUCAAUCAGGUGUCUUUAAGACAGUUCCAGCUGAUGCUGCUACAAACUCUGCAAAUCGAUCACCCACAUCGCCCACUCAUCCGACUCAUAAUUCCUCGACGUCUUUAUCACAGUCUGCCUAUCGCUCAUCUGAAAACCCUAUCAGUCAGUUCCAAAACCAAUUUCAAUCCCCAUCGAGAUUGAGUCUUGGUGGAAACGGCAUUUUUCCUGGCCCCAAUUCGACAUCGAAUAACAACAACCAAUCGCUGUCUCAAUCCGCAGUGCAAGCGGCGCUUGCUUUCAACGGAAGCACGAUUCCAUUUGGUAGUGACAAUGGACCGAGCGACAGCAAGAUUGCAUCUCAACAACAAAGACCUAGCCACCUCCCUUGGAAGGCAUUGGACCUGGGCAGUCCCAAGCGCUUCCGUCGCAAUUCUGACCAUUCGAAUUCCUCCUCGCCAGCUGAUACGUCUUCUCGGUUCCCACAAAAACCCUCAAACAACAACCACGAGAAGACACCUGGUGUGGUGUAA